AUUGCAGAUUUGUUAUGUAGCUCCAUCUGCGAUGUACACGUGCGGGUUACUUUCAAGGAUAUCAGGAAUUUUCUAAGGUCGUAUAUCUGGUGUUCGCAUAUAACAGAGUCUGAACGAAAAACAUCGACAGAUGGCAAAACCAUGUUCAACGAAUUCAGACCAUGUUAUGAUUAAUAUUUCUAUUAAAGUUCAUGCAGCUUCGUACGAAAUACGUUAUUUAAGAAUAAGUGACGAAAUCAAUUCACACGAGUAAUAUGAAAAUAAUAGCUAUAAAUGUAAAUGAGUAAUUAAAUAUUCCAGACUUUGUAACGUUGUGCGUCGAGGUAAAAAGAGAGCGAAUGAACAUGGCGUUUGUUUCUUUCAGUCAAUGUUUCAUAUGUUCUAAAAAUUACAUUUGAUAGUAUAGGAGCUUUUUUUUCGUUACUUUUUUUCACACACGACGGAGAGUGAAAUUAUCCAUAAAUUGUCAUUGCUACAGCAAUCUUGAAUAAUGUGCGCUAGUGUCAACAAAAGAUUCUCUAAAUUUAUAUAAAACCGUAGUUGAUUCAAUUACUUAGUAAGAUGCACAAGGAAUAUAUAGUCGUUACUCGUCACUCUUGGAAUGGUCUACAUUAUUUGUGAAAUUAAAAAAAGAACACAAUGACGUCGCGUAGCUACACUAAAUCUUAUAGUCGCAAGGUGAGCAGCGUCACACCAGCCAGCAUACAAUUUGACAAAUUAUUCAAAGAGCACAGCAAUCGACCUUCCGCUGCUAAAUCUGCUGGCACUGUUGGAAAAUGGGGUAUUACUUCAUUCACAUCGAUACGGAGCACAAACAUCAAUGGGCGAAGAGAAGACAUUCACAGUACCUUCUCAGCAGCAAAAAAAAUGAAAAUGGACUAUGGUAAUCAGAACACGCGGGUAAAUUCUGGUAAAGAUCCAUUUUCAUUUGAAGCUGAUCCUGAGAGUAAGCCUGAAAAUGAACAGCCGGUUGUAAAGCCAAAAAAAUUCUUCAAAAGCCGUAAUGUUCAGCCAAUAUUGGAUGAUAUCAGGCCAGACGCAGCGGUGUAUCGUCAAGUACCUGAUUCACAAUAUGGGCGUGCCCGGACACCCAAACAAUCCACACCUAAGUCACCUAUAUCCAAGACGUCAUCUUAUUCACCAGUUAAAAAACUAAGUGAAAGUUCUGAAAGUGGAAUCGGUGAACCACUGAGCAGGGAAGAAUGCAAGCCUCCCAUUGUCCUUCGAAUAUGCAAAGGGACAGCAAGAUUAGUAUGUGGAGAUGUACAGGAAACACCAGCUCUAGAACCUGACACAUACAGGAUUUCAACACCAACUCCCAGCCCUGUGCAUGUAGAGGAGGAUCUGGAUGAUUCGAGCAUGGAUGUUUCCCCAAAACUAGAUCUCAAAUAUAGGGAACCUAAGGCAUCGCAUCAACCAAUAGUUACUACCGUCUCCAUACCUUUAGACAAUUCUGAAAUGCGUAGAACUACACGUAGCCGUGCCAAGAAUCUACAACUCGAUUUGACCAGUGCAUCAUCUGUUGUACCAACCCCAACCCCCACAACUCCGAACUCUCACAGCUCAGGGCUCUCAUUAACCCUUCGAAAAUCUGUAACAGAUUCCAACAACACUCUCAUAUCGCACUACGAUAUUGUUAAGACUGAUUGUAAUCCAAACUAUCCCAUUAAGUCAACAAUCGAACCCUUGAUUGGGCACGACCAACCAUUACCAACCACGACUCAAGAACUGAUUGAUAUACUCUCGAGUGAUGCAGAUCCGCUACUCUCGAGACCAGAAGCCAUGUCAACAACUUCUGAACAGGAGGAAAGUUCAGAGAACAUUUCAGAUGAAGUACAACACUGUUCCAUCGAUCUACCAACACAUGAACACGUUUCUGAGCCAGAAUUGGAACCCGAUCUGCAAACUCCAGUUAUUGAGAGCGAACCUCAGGCUGCUAAAGCUAUGGUAGAUCAGGACUGGUUUUCAGGAAGCGAUGACAGUGAGGGUGCAGGUGGCAACAUUGAAAAUGAGCCAGUAAGCGUGGCUAGCCCUGUUUCAGAACCACAGCCUGCAGCUCCUGUGGCCAGUAUUGCUACAAAACCUGCCACCAAGAAGGGUAGCAUCUUCAAAAGUCGUUCAGCUGGAGCUGCAAGUGGGAACAAAAGACUGGCACUGUACAAACAUAAGUGGUGCGAUAAUGACAAAGAAUCUUCUACCACAGACACAGUUAAUGCAGGAACUACGCCUAAUGAAGCAUCUAGUGCCCAUGGAAGUUCAGCUCCUGUAGCUUUUGAGGAAGAGGAAUUCGAACCUUCUAAAUUAACCAGAGUUGUGUCUUAUCCAGAAACUGAUCUGGAUUUCACGGAUGAAACUGAAGCAAUUACUAGUAUUCGAUGUGGCAAAAAAGUCAAAGGAUUCUAUACAGUUGUGAAGAAUGUAAAGAAAGCUCACCAAAUCCAAGAAAGUGGCGAGUUCCAGGAGUUCAAUGAUGAUGUUGAAUACAUCUUGGAUACAUUAAGGGAAAAUAAUCCUAAUGCUACUCGCUGUCUAUCAGCAAUACGUUUAGCUAGCAAAUGUAUGGCCCCUGCAUUCAGAAUGCACGUGAGAGCACAUGGAACCGUUGCAAAGUUCUUCAAAGCCCUUCACGAUGCCACAAAAGAUCAGAGCCUUGGCCUCUGCACAGCAACAGUAAUGUUCGUACUAAGCCAAGACAGGUUAGCUAUGGAUCUAGAUCGUGAUUGUCUAGAAUUGAUGUUGAGCCUACUAGAAUCUGAUGCCAGCCAUAAAGAUGCACUCGAUGACUGUGGAUUGAGCCGUGCUGAGCUUCUAAAAAACAAAGAAAAAGUACGUCAACUUUGUGCCGAUAUUCAAGCACAGGGGCACGCGAAGCAUCUAAAUUUGGAUAACAUUACCGUUGGGCAACUAGCCAUGGAAACGUUACUUAGUUUAACAUCAAGACGUGCUGGCGAAUGGUUUAAAGAGGAGCUUCGAGAAUUAGGAGGAUUGGAACAUAUUGUCAAAACCAUCAAAGAUUGCCACCGACAUAUUAGUAGUAGCAAUAUCAAGCUGACAGGCUGGUCUGAUCCUCUGUUGGACAAACUUCGUAAGGUUGAUAGGUGUUUACGAGUAUUAGAAAAUGUAACACAUAUGAACGAAGAGAACCAAGUAUAUUUAUUGAAGUAUGAUGAUGGUAUUUUAGUCCGUACAUUAGCCAAUUUGUAUCACUUUUGUGCUCUCCAAAUUCCGAUGUAUCCCAGUAUGGAUCCUGGAGACAAAAGCUCUACUGGAGCUGUUGUUAGGGAGUGCUUAUUUGCUAUUAUUAAAGUUUUGAUCAAUCUCACGCACCGUUUCAACAAACAAUCAUUCGGAAGCAAAGUAGUUGGUUCGCAAUCUGGUGUCGUAAACUGUAGUUUGUACCUGUUACUUCGUGUGCCAGAAUCUCUACCAGAAGAGAAACGUUUCGACAUGAUGAUGCUAGCGCUGAUUUUCCUCAUUAAUUUAGUCGAGCAAUGCGACGACAACAAACAAUUACUCAUCGAAGCUCAGGCGCCACCAUGUUUGGAUGAACUUUACGAUGUUGUAGAAAGCGGAGUAGAAGCACUUAUUAAGCUUUUUUAUAAGCAAGAAGAGCUUGCUAGAGCCGAAGAGCAGAAAACUGAUGCCAUUCUCGAUGGGAAAAAAGAUUCCGAACAAACAGAAACAGUCUCAACCACUACCAAAUCGCAGGAAGAAUUCAUCGAAGAAACGGUUACAAAAUUGUUACAAAAAGCAGGACGGCACAUGGAACAUACGCUGAUUGGCGCUUAUGUCGUACUCUUGCUGGGCUACUUAGUUAUGGAUAACAAGGAUUACGAAAUGUUAGUACGUGGCAGACUUCCGGAUUGCAAUUUCGCAACCAUGGUUACCGUACUUCAGAAAUUUUUCAAUUUCAUGAAUUUGACCGCAUCGAACGAAGUCAGUAGUUGUGGUAUAGCUGCUACUGAGAAGGUGAUCAAGUUCCUAAAAAUGUCUGAUGCCAGAGUGGAAGAAGAGAAGAACGAAUUACCGUUACCAGCAUUGGAAGAUUCAAGCAUUCUGCUAGACUUGACACCUUCCUGAUCCACUAGCCUAGUACGAUCUUAAAAGCCAUUCAUGUUCCGCAGGUGCAAAAACAGAACCAAAGCUACGCGAAUAUUCAAGAUAUCAAUUGACUUGUUUAUCACAACUCUGUGGACGGACCUGUUUCAUAUUGACCACAUAUUUUGAUAUAUAUUUAUUCAUUGACAUAAUUUAUUGCUGUAUUUUUCAUAAUUAUCGACUUGAUUUUGUUCUGAUUUGCAGCAGAAUGGUUAUUGUAAUAAGAUUUAGUAGUGACUUAAGUAUAACAGCAUGACACAAUGUAUGUACCACAGAACAGAUAUUUUAUAUUUAGGUGUGGACUAAAAUCAGUAAUUACUGUCCGAGCCAUGUUGUAAUUGCACGCGAUGGAUUGUCGAUUAGUAGAGCCCACCUAAAUAACGCGUAUAUUCAACGUUUGCACGAGACAUGGUUCUUUCACAUCUUUGUUAUCAAAGGGAUCGUGAUUGACGCUUGUUAAUUUUCAACAAGUUAUUGUAAUCAAUUUCCAAUCACUUUCUCAACUUCAUUUCUCGAUCCCUUAAAGGCAAGCUCAAGAGGUGAUCUUAAUAUUAUAAUUAUACAAAAACAUGUUCGACGAUUAGAGAUUUAUGUAAAACCUUACUCUGCAAGAGUUGAAUAUGAGUAAUUGAAUAUUCAAUAUAGUGUUAUGCCAAGUAAGUUUAUUUUAUUAUUAAAAAUAUACUAUUAUAAGCCUUGUAAAUGUACAUUUAUAAAUUAUAAUAGUACCUUACAUAAA